AUGGAGCAGAGAAACGUGUUUGAUGUUCUUUCCGGUGGUUCUGAAAACCCCAAUGCUGAUGCAGAACUCAGAAUACAGCUUUCUCGAUUAUCCGAACUGUCGCUGCCAGAAGUUUUUGACCUGAAGUCUAAAUUGGAGACCCAGCUUUCUCAGCUUUUCGACGAUCUGCAACAUCAGGGUGUGAAUCUUGAGUCUAGCUUGGUCACGGAAGAUGGGUUUCCCCGGUCAGACAUAGAUGUUUUACAGGUGCGGCUUAUUAGACGAGGUAUAAAUAUUCUUCGUAAUGACCUGAAGGCUGUUAUCGUUCGGACUCAGGAACUUAUGGCAGACCAGUUCCAGAGAUUGGCAGCGAAAACCCAGUCAAUUGGUGGAUCUGAGGUGACAGAGUACCGCAUCCCGUUUGCAGCAGUGACGGAAGUUGUGAUUGACAGUCCCUCUCACUCAGCUGUAAGUAUACAAUCAUAUAUCGUAAAUUCCCACAGGCGGCGGUUACUAACAUUUUUGCAGGGAUUAACAAAAGGCGACAAAAUUGUGAAGCUCGGUACUAUACACGCCGGCAAUAACAAAUCUUUAGGAGCUAUUGGGCCACUUGUCCAGACAAAUGAGGAAAAACCCGUAACAAUUCGGGUGCUCAGGAAUGGCACCUUUCUCAACUUAACGCUAGUACCGUCAAAAAAAUGGGCAGGACCCGGCCUUCUAGGCUGCAGGUUAGUACAUAUCUAG